ACUCGCAUGCUUCAACGCGUUGAUGACGACGCGUAACUUGUAACUUCCCGUUUCUUUUUUCACGCGCUCCAUUUUCUUCGUAAUCGUAUAUAUAACGCACAACCUAAUCUCCUCAAUCUUCUUCUCCGUGAUCUCAAUUUGUCGAUUUCUUCAAAUCAAAGUUAUUUAUUUGGUUGAACAAUGGGAGGUGGAAAGGACAACAAUGGUCAAGAUGAAGACAAGGGAGUUUUCUCACAUCUGGCUCAUGGGAUAGCUGGAGCUUCUCAUGGGUACCCACCUGGGGCAUACCCUCCACCACCACCAGGGGCAUAUCCUGGGUACCCACCUCAGGGAUACCCUCCACAGCCUGGUCAUGGAUACCCUCCACAACAUGGGUAUCCUCCACAACCUGGUUACCCCCCUCAAGGCUAUCCUCCUGCUGGGUAUCCUCCUCAACAUGGUUAUCCCCCAGCUGGUUAUCCUGGUCACUCUGCUGGGCAUGGCGGUAUGGGAGCAAUGCUUGCUGGCGGUGCUGCUGCCGCAGCUGCUGCAUAUGGGGCUCACCAUGUUUCCCAUGGCCACUAUGGACAUGGCGGUUAUGGGCAUGGUGGUUUUAUGCCACAUGGGAAAUUCAAGCAUGGCAAGUUCAAGCAUGGAAAGUUCGGCAAGCAUGGGAAAUUUAAGCAUGGCAAGUUCGGCAAGCAUGGAUUAUUCAGGAAGUGGAAGUGAUUCAAUGUAUAUACAACCUGUGACUCUUAAUGCUGCUACUGAUUGCUUUUAUAAAUAAACAUAUCUUGUAUGAUGCCGAUCAUUACUUGGUCGAAUCCCGCAUCUACUUCUUUUUUAUUUUCUUUUUCUUUCCUACUAAUUGAACGGAAGCAUACAAAAAUGCACUUGAUAUUCUGUGCAAGCUUGGAGUUGCUGCAGUGAAUUGCAUUUACAGGUUGAUGCCUUUCUUUCUUUUUCCUGUAUAGUUUUAGCCUCAGUUGACAGUGGAUUAUUGUCUUUAUGAAGAACAAUUAUAAAAUAUAACACCGUAUUGCCCGUGAAA